AUGUCAGUAACUAAGCUAGCAAAAGAGAUAUCAACUAGGUUUGCAUCUCUUGAAUUUAUUCCUACGAUUUCUGACAGUGAAACUGAAGAAAUUCCAGAUUUGGAUGACGAUAAUGAUAAUGAGAAAAAGACAGAUGGAGAAGAUGAUGAAGAAGAAGAAGAUAGCGAGGUUGGCAAAGAUGAGACUGCUAAGAUAGCGAAGACUGAUAAGAAGAAGAAGAAGAAGAAGAGCAAGAAAAGUAAGAAUCAGGAGGAUCAAGAACAGAAUGAGGCUGGAGAUUUGAAUCCUGAUUUUACCUUUGAUCUGGGUGAUGAUUUGGAUACUAACGGAUUUGAAGGAUGGGACUUUGAUCCUGAAGAAGGAAAAGAAAAGGAGGAGAAAAAAGAUGUAGAUUUGGAUAGUAUUAUUAAGAGAAAGGGAGGAUUAUCAGGAAAGUUGAGUGUGAAUGAAGAACCGAAGAAACCGGAGGAUGUCUUAGAAAAGGAAGAGAAGGAUGACUCUGAUGAUGAUGAAUUGGCCAUGGAUGGAUUUGGAAUGGGAGCAAAAGGGCAAGAAGAAAAGAAAAAUGAAGAGAAAAUGGCAGCAAACGAUAAGAACAAUAACGAUGACGAUGAUGAUGAUGACGACGGUGGUUUUGAUGCCACCAUAAAUGCAUUGUAUGACACAGCGGAUCAGGAUGAAGAUGAAGAAGAGAAACAAAAAGAUUCUGCUAAAGCUAUCGAAAAGUUUUAUGAUAGUCAUGAAGGAGAAUCUGCACAAAAAACUCUCUAUAAGGACUUUCAAUCGCUGAACUUGUCAAGACCAGUGCUCAAAGGUCUCUCUGCAUUAGGAUACUCCAAACCAACACCUGUUCAAAGCGCAUCUAUUCCUAUUGCACUUAUGGGUAAAGAUAUUGUUGCAGGAGCACAAACAGGUUCUGGUAAGACUGCUGCUUACAUGAUUCCUAUCGUGGAAAGACUAUUGUACAAGCCCACGAAAGUAUCAUCCACAAGAGUUGUAAUAUUGGCACCUACCAGAGAGUUGGCUAUUCAGGUGGCUGAUGUAGCAAAAAGAGUUUCACGGUUUGUUGGUGGAAUCACUAUUGGUAUGGCAAUUGGUGGUUUGAACUUGAGAAGGCAGGAACAAGAGUUGAAGACGAGACCUGAUGUUGUUAUUGCAACGCCCGGUAGAUUCAUUGAUCACGUGAGGAAUUCUCCCUCUUUUAAUGUUGAUUCUGUAGAGAUUCUCGUUCUUGAUGAAGCUGAUAGAAUGUUAGAGGAAGGUUUCCAUAGUGAAAUUACCGAGAUUCUUGAAUUGGUUCCGCAGAAAAGGCAGACUUUGUUGUUUUCUGCCACCAUGAAUUCUAGUAUUAGUGAUUUAAUCCAACUUUCUCUAAGAAAGCCUGUGAGAAUCAUGAUCGAUCCUCCAAAGGCAGCAGCUGCUGGUUUAUUGCAGGAGUUUGUUAGAAUAAGGAAAAGAGAGACAUUGAAAGCCGCUUUGUUGUUUAGUAUCCUCUCUAAACUUGAUUCGGCUGAGCAAAUUCGUAUCAUGGUAUUUGUGGCCACCAAGAAUAUGGCGCAUCGUCUCAGAAUUAUUAUGGGAUUGUUGGGCUUGAAGGUGUCUGAGUUGCACGGUGCUCUUACACAAGACCAACGUUUAAAAAGUAUCACAGAUUUUAGGAAAUUGACGGUGCCGAUUUUGAUUUGUACAGACUUGGCAGCUAGGGGUUUGGAUAUUCCAAAAAUUGAAGUUGUUAUCAACUUCGAUAUGCCGAAAUCUCACGAGAUCUAUUUGCAUAGAGUUGGUAGAACUGCUAGAGCUGGAAGAGAAGGUAUCUCUAUUUCGUUUGUGGGAGAGGCUGUUAGAGAACGUCGUAUAGUGAGAGAGUCCAUAAAGCAAGUGGAAACGGCACAUUCUGGAAAGGCUGUAGGAAGAAAAGUUAACUGGGAUGAUGUGGAAAAGAUAAAUGAUGUUAUUGAGGGUAAACGAGAAGUGAUUAAGGAUAUUCUUGAAGAGGAAAAGGGUGAAAAAGAGAUGAUUCAAGCUGAAAUGGAGUUGAAGAAGGGUGAAAACUUGUUAAGAUACAAAGAAGAGAUUCAAUCUAGGCCUAGAAGAACGUGGUUCCAAUCGGAAAGAGAAAAGAAAGAAGAAAAAGUGAUUGGUGCCAUGGGAAAGUUGAAGAAGAUUACGAGUAAGAAGCGGAAGGCGGAAGAGGCCAGAGAAUCUGAUAAUGGUAGCAAUGGAAGAAGCUACAAAAAGACUAAAAGGGAUAGAAUCGAGGAUCAGAGUGGAGAGAGAAGAAAAAAGGAGAUAACCAAGAAGAAGCAGAAAAAGAGAGCAAAGAAGGCUAGAAAGAGAAUGGAUUGA